AUGUCCUACAGGGCGCUCACCGUCUGCCUGCUGGGGCUCCUGGCUCUCUCCUCAGCUUGUUACAUCCAGAACUGCCCCAUUGGGGGCAAGCGUGCCGUGCCAGACAUGGACAUCAGGAAGUGCCUGCCCUGCGGCCCCAGGAACAAAGGCCACUGCUUUGGCCCCAACAUCUGCUGUGGGGAGGAGCUGGGCUGCUACCUGGGUACCUCUGAAACCCUGCGGUGCCAGGAGGAGAACUUCCUGCCAACGCCCUGUGAGUCUGGGAGGAAAGCCUGCGGCGAGGAUGGGGCGAGCUGUGCAGCACCAGGAAUCUGCUGCAGCAGUGGUGAGCAACGUGGGGAGACCAGGGGGGGGGCUCACAUCCACCCCAGGGCUGUGGUACAGAACAGGGAGGGGGAGGACGUUACUGAGGAUGGACCUGUCGCUACUGCGGGGCACCGAGGCCAAGUUGUUUGA